CACGGUGUGAUAGGAUUUGGGAGACCUGGCGGAAACCUUCAGGUCACCCAAGGAACUGCUCUCGCGGCUGGUCCUGUGCGGCGAGGCGGGGGGUGAGCGCGAGGCGCGCGGGGCGCGGAGAUGUGCAAGUGGCGAAGCUGGACCGAGUGCAGGCGUAAGCUGCAGAGCGGCCACGGCGAGGGGUGAGUCUCGGGGUGAGGGUCCGAGGGAUGCGGGCUUCCCCGGCGCUCUCCCUCCCCGAGCCCUAGCGGGGCCUGGAACCUCCCGUGACUCCGGCCUCGGCUCCUGUGCGCGCGCGGCGCUCCGGCGCACCCUGGGGACGCACGGAGCGGUGGGUGCUCUCCCGGGCUGGGGGCCAGCCUGCCCACCGCCGCCCCGGCCGGCGCUCUCAUUGGUCGGGAUGUGUCUGCUCAGCAGCCUCCAACUUCUCCCCAAUCCCACUGAUUUUAGGUGAUGGGAAGAUCAGAAAGUCAGAUGGAUAUAACUGAUAUCAAUACUCCAAAGCCAAAGAAGAAACAGCGAUGGACUCCUCUGGAGAUCAGCCUCUCCGUCCUUGUCUUGCUCCUGACUAUCAUAGCUGUGACAAUGAUCGCUCUCUAUGCAACCUAUGAUGAUGGUAUUUGCAAAUCAUCAGACUGCAUAAAGUCAGCUUCUCGACUGAUCCAGAACAUGGAUGCCUCUGCUGAGCCCUGUACAGACUUCUUCAAAUAUGCUUGUGGAGGCUGGUUGAAACGCAACGUCAUUCCAGAGACCAGUUCCCGAUACAGUAAUUUUGACAUUUUAAGAGAUGAGCUGGAAGUCAUUUUGAAAGAUGUCCUUGAAGAACCCAGAACUGAGGACAUAGUAGCAGUGCAGAAGGCGAAAACCUUGUACAGGUCCUGUAUAAAUGAGUCUGCUAUUGAUAGCAGAGGCGGGCAGCCUCUACUCAGACUGCUACCAGAUAUAUAUGGGUGGCCAGUAGCCUCAGAAAAUUGGGAAGAAACGUAUGGUACUUCUUGGACAGCUGAGAAAGCUAUUGCACAACUGAAUUCUAAAUAUGGAAAAAAAGUCCUCAUUAAUUUUUUUGUUGGCACCGAUGAUAAGAAUUCUACCCACCAUAUAAUUCAUUUUGACCAGCCUCGACUUGGCCUCCCUUCCAGAGACUACUAUGAGUGUACUGGAAUAUAUAAAGAGGCUUGCACAGCAUAUGUGGAUUUUAUGAUUGCCGUGGCCAGACUGAUUCGUCAGGAAGAAAGAUUGCCCAUUGAUGAAAACCAGCUUUCUUUGGAAAUGAAUAAAGUUAUGGAUUUGGAAAAAGAAAUUGCCAAUGCAACAACUAAACCCGAAGACCGAAAUGACCCCAUGCUGCUUUAUAACAAAAUGACGGUAGCUGAGCUCCAAAACAACUUUUCUCUAGAGGUCGAUGGGAAGCCAUUCAGCUGGUCAAAUUUCACAAAUGAAAUCAUGUCAACUGUGAAUAUUAAUAUUCAAAAUGAGGAAGAAGUGGUUGUUUAUGCUCCAGAAUAUUUAACCAAACUUAAGCCUAUUCUUGCCAAAUAUUCUCCCAGAGAUCUUCAAAAUUUAAUGUCCUGGAGGUUCAUAAUGGAUCUUGUAAGCAGCCUCAGCCGAAACUACAAGGAGUCCAGAAAUGCUUUCCGCAAGGCCCUUUACGGCACUACAUCAGAAACAGCAACAUGGAGACGGUGCGCUAACUAUGUCAAUGGGAAUAUGGAGAAUGCUGUGGGGAGGCUUUAUGUGGAAGCAGCAUUUGCUGGAGAGAGCAAACAUGUGGUUGAAGAUUUGAUUGCACAAAUCCGGGAAGUUUUUAUUCAGACUUUAGAUGAGCUCACCUGGAUGGAUGCAGAAACAAAAAAGAAAGCUGAAGAGAAGGCCUUAGCAAUUAAAGAAAGGAUUGGCUAUCCUGAUGACAUCAUUUCCAAUGAUAACAAACUGAAUAAUGAGUACCUUGAGUUGAACUACAAGGAAGAUGAAUACUUUGAGAACAUAAUUCAAAAUUUGAAAUUCAGCCAAAGCAAGCAGCUGAAGAAGCUCCGAGAAAAGGUGGACAAAGAUGAGUGGAUAAGUGGAGCAGCUGUAGUCAAUGCAUUUUACUCUUCAGGCAGAAAUCAGAUAGUCUUCCCUGCUGGCAUUUUGCAGCCCCCCUUCUUCAGUGCCCGGCAGUCCAACUCAUUGAACUAUGGGGGCAUCGGCAUGGUCAUCGGACACGAAAUCACUCAUGGCUUUGAUGACAAUGGCAGAAAUUUUAACAAAGAUGGAGACCUCGUUGACUGGUGGACUCAGCAGUCUGCAAAUAAUUUUAAAGACCAAUCCCAGUGCAUGGUGUACCAGUAUGGAAACUUUACGUGGGACCUAGCAGGUGGACAGCAUCUCAAUGGAAUUAAUACACUAGGAGAAAACAUUGCUGAUAAUGGAGGUAUUGGCCAAGCAUACAGAGCCUAUCAGAAUUAUGUUAAAAAGAAUGGUGAAGAAAAAUUACUCCCUGGAAUUGACCUCAAUCACAAACAACUAUUCUUCUUGAACUUUGCCCAGGUGUGGUGUGGGACCUACAGGCCAGAGUACGCAGUCAAUUCCAUUAAAACAGACGUACACAGUCCUGGCAAUUUCAGGAUUAUUGGGACUUUGCAGAACUCUGCUGAGUUUGCAGACGCCUUUCACUGCCGCAAGAAUUCAUACAUGAAUCCAGAAAGAAAAUGCCGGGUUUGGUGAUCUUCACGAGAAGCGGAGCAUCCAUGGCAAGACUCGUUAAAGCCACAGAAACAGGACUCUCCCUUCAGGGACACUGGGCCCUGGAAGUUUCUGCAGCUAAUGGAGACAAUUCACAGAGAUGAGCACAAGCUAACAUACAUGCAAUUAUCUUAUUGAAUCCACUGUGAUUGGAAGGGGGAGGUAACCUAAGGUCUAUCAAAUCAAUCACAUCACUGUGUAAAUAAUGCUUACUUUCAACGGCAGUGUUACUGUUCAUUUCUGUUUCUCACACACACAGCAAGUUUAGUGCUGUCCAUAGAGAACAGUGUUAACUCUUGAGGCAGACUACUUCUGAUCAAAGAGGGGAAGAUGUUGAAUGCAGCUGGGCACCAGAGCACAGCGGUGGUUUGCCUCAGCACUCACUUCUGUUUGCAACACUCAUGCUCCUUUAAAAUGCUCCCAAAGAACUCCCAUGCGUACUGUGGCCUUAAGGCUUGAGUAGUUCAGAGCUCAUUUUACCAUACAUGAGUUACUCAUUAUCAUUCUAGGUGAAGCACUGUUAUGGUAAAAAUGAAUAUCUGAAACUUCCACAUUUUCCCUACUUUAAUGAUGUUGAGAUUCUUCCGCCCCUGCAAUUUUUUUGAGCAAUUUCUUGCUCCCUCUGCCUCUCAGACUUAGUCUUUUUAAAGGAUUUGUAGGAAUGUAUAAACAAUAAUUCUAUAUUUAAUUACUAACUACAUUUGUAACUGAAUAACCAUUACUAUAGGUAAUCGGUGAAUAUUGAAGUUAAAUGGCCAAGAUGGAUAGUUACAAAGAUCUGUAAUGUGAUGUACAGAUGAAAAUUUGGGACUUUUUAAAUCUGUAAAUCAUAUUGGUGAGAAGUUUUAAGUACAAACUGUGAGGGUGAAGGUUACCAUCGACCCACUGUCUAGAGAUAUGUAAUCAUUGUGGUUUAUGGACAGCAUUUUCAAGAUUAAGUCUGUCCCCAAGGGUGGCUAGAAAAGGGCCUAACUGUAUCUGUGUUGCUCCAUGAGUCCUUAUCUCUUCAGAUUUGUCAUCUAAUGGAAAUAUUUUGAUAAUAAAUCAAAGUUGUGAGCCCCUUACCAGGCCUGUGUGAAAGCCAGCUAGUUCUAGAAAGCCCAUGUCUGAGUGGAGAUGGGAGGCCUCCAGCAGACCUGUUUCUGGAUUUCUACAACUCGUGGACCCUGAGUGGAUUCCUCCCUAAGUGCUCAUAUUCCCUUCCUUUCUUGUCCUUCUGCUUACUUUAGUGCAUUUCACUAUCCAGUUAAGAUGUUGCAGAAGAGGUACACUUCUACAAUCCUUAUUUUUCUAUCAAAAGGUGAAAAUAAGAAUAUUUCUACCCAAUAUAUUGGUUUUCAUGCUUCUUGGCAAAAGCCCAUGUGUCUGUAAAAAUGUUACUACAAUAUAAUAUAUAAAACUGUAUAGAACAGAGCUAUAUAGUUAGUGAAUGGUCUCCCUCUGAACACAGCGCUGCAGCUACAACCUAUAAGAAAUGAGACACUGUCCUAGCUCUCCGCCAUCAUUGUUUCAGUCCUCCACAUACAUUAUCCAGAGCUCCAGCACCAUGUACCAGCUUUGCCCCCAUUUCGUCUUUUAGUCAAUCAUGCAUUCUUUCUUAUCUGACUUCUCUCUGCCUUACAUUUGUAAGAUACAGCUGUGUGGGUGGUUUGUGUGUGGAUCUGUCAUUGUCAAAAGGGAUUCUAUUGUGUGACUAGAUUACAAAUUUCCAUCCUAUUGCUGAUGGGCUCUUUAAGAGGUUUCCUGCUUUGGAUUGUUACAAAUGAUACAACUAUGCAUUGUGGACUGUUCUUACAUAUUCAUCUUUACUUGAACCAUCUGUGCAAUCACUUUCCCAAAAUUUGCAAAAAAAUUAUCAUAAAUAUUGAAAACAGUUUCAGACUAACCACAAAUAUCCUUAUUUUUGCCCUUUUACCACAAAUACUACUAUAAUAGAUAAUUAUAGUAUACUUAUAUCUAUUUCUUUUAAAUCAACUUAAACAUACUUGAGUAUUAUUUGUAGUGAUAGUACUAGAUUUCAGUGAAACAGUUAUCUCUGGGUUAUUUUUAUCCCUGUCUGUGAUAGCAACUAAAGAAGUGAAGAGUAACUAGUACAAACUAUAAAUGGCUACAAACUAUAAAUCUCCACUGGUAGUUCAUUAAAGCAGCAAGCUCCCAUUCCUAUAUAACAGCAACUCCAGUGCCUACAUCCCUGCUGUACAUAUAACAAACCUUUGGGCUAAAGGACAUGCAAAACUGAGAAGAGCAAUUUCUUCCCUCUUCCUCAUACAUCCAGACAUCACUUGUUGUAACUGGUACUUAGAACCCUGUGUUCUCUUAAUUCCUAAAAACAGUCUGUUAUAUGACUUUAUAUAUAAUCUCACUCAUAAAUCCACUCCCACCAUGUUUAAGUUCUGAUCAGGGAGAGUUUAGAAGCAGAACACCAGGGCUUGAGAGCUGUUGUAACUUAGCAAGGAUGAGAAAAAGCUCCUAGCAAUAUAUGUUGGCAAGGAGUCUGCUUCCAUACCACAGUGUCUAUGUGCAAGGCCAAAGGAUGCUCCCCAGAAAGGUAAGGGCUUGUCCUACUUCAACUCUGCCACUGCUGCCAAAGUGGCCUUGGGCACAUGCAUAUUCCUUGAGGCCUCUGCUUCUCUUACCCAAGUAGAAGACAAUUCUAUUCCAGCAGUUCAUACCAAUGCUGCCUUCCCUUUAAUCUGUUACCCAGGAAACAGGGACCAAAAUGCUAACAAGCUUGGGGCUGUGAUACUGUUACUACCAGGCAUGUUGACAGGGCAAAUGCUUGCUAAUUUCCUCAAAGUGUUUAUAAUUCCUGUAGCAAUGGGUGGAGCUCUUGGAGUAGAAGGUAUCUGUUCUUUUGGAAAGAAAAUAAGAUUCUACUAUGUCAAGAGAAGCAUAAUCAGAAUUUUUUAAUGAGUUCCUAGUCUCUGGCAUAGAAAAUAACAACAAAUAUUUUCAUAAUGUUGUUUCUAUACCUAGUUGACUCUGUUCCAAUCCCCCCAUUCGCAUGUAAACCUACACACACCAUUUAUGCCUUGAAAAAAAAUUAAGAUUAAAUGGAGUAUUGGUUUCUA